AUGCAGAAGUGUGCUAGCCAGGCACCAUUGACGACUACGCCGACUUUCCGGGUCUCUCAAGACACCAUUCAUGCCCUUUCGCAGGCUAUUUUAAAGGCGUUCCAGAAAUUAGCUUCCAUUGACAGCAAUCAGGAAAUCAACCCUGCCGAUAUAGCGUUCAAACUGAUAAACUCGUUCAAGUAUUUGCCGGUUUCAGCUGCUGGUGCAGACGCGUUUGACACAGAACUAGAAAAACUGGACAUUUUUUCGCCCCUUCUACAAGCAGCCAUUACCGCUGGCAAUAAUGGCGUCAUUAUAUGGGACCUUAUAACGGUAUUGUUUGCAUACAUUUCGAUCCAUAGGCAAUUCCAUCCUUUGAUCCUGCACAACCUGGACGUGUGGAACGAAUUUAUAGUGGAUCAUAAUAACGAAGUUGCGAGCACGAGCCAGAGGAACCCGAUAAAGUUCGGCGUGUUGUCGCUUCUUUCCAUAGUACAGAAUUUCGAUGAGAUUACCCCAAACUUGUUCGAGUUUUUCAAAUUGAGCUUAAAACCUACUUUACUUGAGAUUUGGGUACCCCAGUGGCAAAACUAUAAUCCGUCAACAACGAAAUUAAUCAACGGUGAUGAAAAGAUUUCUAAUUGGAUAACAAAAGAUUAUCAUAUGGACUUCAUUAUCACCACUUCAUUAUCAUCGUCAUCAUCUUUGAAAGCCUUACCGUCUCAUUAUUUUGUCUAUAAGAUUUCGAAAAGAAUUUCUCAUUUCCCCAAUUUGAUUGAUCCGAAACUGUAUCAACUUGCAAUUGCAGUAAUAAUGGAAAAUGGAAUCUCAGAUAUCGAAAACAGCAAUAACCACAGCACUAAUUACAACGAUAUACCCUUUUAUUUCCAAAUCUUAAUGGAAGUUAUCGACCACCCUGAGUUGAACUAUCUACAAGAGAACCGUUUGAUUUUGUUACUUGACAUUGCAUUAAAUCAUUUAAUGUUAGUACCCACUCAUUGUCUGCAUUCAAGCUUUGGAAACUUGGGCUCCACUCAAAGUUUAUCUUCCACUUUAAAUAUUAUUCAAUUCCUUUUAUCGAAAUUCUUAAUCAACACGGGCAAUAUUACACAAUUAAUCAAUAAAUCAAACAAGAAAAACGUCACCAACAAUAGUAACAACAACAACAACAAUAAGAAAAAAGACUGGUUCCAAUCCCAACAAACGAAUUAUCAAAUUCCAUUUUGGUUCGAAGAUUCCAUUUUACCACCAAUCCCACCAAUUUCAAAAUCAUUAUUUACUUUUGACAAAGAUUUGAGCCACGAGUCGGAUUCAAUUAUGAUCGUGAGGGAUUUGUUACGAUGUUUGAACUUAACAAUCCUUUUAAUUUCUAAGCUUUUAAGGGACUAUAACGAUUUGGAUAUUAACGCAUUAACUCAACCACCGGACCAUAGCAACAAUAUCAGUGAUGGAAACAACCAUAUAAUGAUAGAACAGUACAUGCAACUCUACCUCAUUCCACUAUUCACUUCACUAUUAUUGGCUCAACAGUUAAACGAUCAAGAACAAGAACAAGAAGAUAAAUUAGAGGAACAGGAAGACGAAAAUCUUAUUGGAUCAUCCUCGGUUAGACACUUGUCUUCACAACUCAUUUUUUUCAGUUCUUUAAAAUUGUGCGAAAAUUUGAUCAUUAAGGAAAAAAAUUUGGCCCUAUACCACCUAAUCAAGUUUAUCACUAAAAUUUCUCUAGAUGACCUGGUAUUACAAAAGAUCUCCAUCAAUCUACUAAAUCAUCUGUUUUUCCAUCAAAUCAAUGAUGGGAAGAACCAUGACAAUUUGAACCAAAGAUUAUGUCUAAAAAAUCAACUCUCUUUACAAGCUUUGAAAGACUAUAUCACAUUAUGGAAUGAUGGUUCCCAUGCUUAUAAUUCAUUCUUUAAGAACCUUUUCUAUGAAGACCAGCCUGAGAUAGAAACUAAAAAAUUAACAAUGUCUGACCUGAUAGGAUUUUUCUCCGAUGAUGAGCAAAUUGUAAUAUCUACGCCCCCAACCACGGUGACAUCAGUCUCCACCAAUGAACUUCCUAUAUCAUUACAACCAAUUCCACAGAAAAAUAUCGAGGCUUUCACUCCAUCAUCAAAAUACGAUGCUUAUUCUUCCAACUCCUUUGUACCGUCCUCAUCGAAUAAUGCUAAUACGAAUACUAAUAAACAGCAACAGCAGCAACAGCAGCAACAGCAGCCACAAAAUACAACACCAUCUUCCUCUAAUAGAUACUUGUUCAACAAAAGUAGCCUUCUCUCACAAGAACAUAGUAGCGGUAACAACGAUAGCAGUACUCAAGUAUCUGGAUCUAUGAAUGACAGUUAUUCUCUAGACAAUUCAUUCAGUACCACAAACACCAACAUGACGAGGCAGGCAACUACGUUAACUAGAACCACUGAUGCCAUGACGACUGCGCCUUCAACACCAACUUCAUACAAGAACAGUAAUAGUAACAACAAUAACAAUCUAUGGAUUGAAUCGCCAAUGGCAAAUUUCAAAAGCUCUAUGACCAGCAAAAACUCCAACAAGAAUAAAAUGGUGAACACUGGUAAGAAUUACAUUCUAGGGGGGCACAACAAAGUUAAAAACAAUAGCAGGGCUCAAUCAAUACAUAUAGAUGACUUUGAAAACAAUAACGAUUAA